AUGGAGAGAGACCUAGAGAUGGAGAGAGAGCUUUACAAUGAACCCGUUACUCCAAAUCACGGAUGGAAGCUCAACUACAUCCAGAUUGACGAUGAUGAUGAUGAUGAAGGCUGCCAUGAUUACUUGUCGAGCGAGACCAGACAAGAGUACUGUGCUAAUUGCGGCUUCCACCGGAAUUACCACUUUUCCGUUGUGUUCGAUGAACUCCAGAACGGUGCACCAGGCGGAGACGGUGAUUACGACAUAAAUUUAUUGCGAGCCGCUUGGAUGCUGACUCUCCUGAGCAUGCAUGGCACACCUCCUUUUGAACCAGAAGCAAUACGACGCCGUUCUGCUGAUUCCAAGAAGAACAAGAGGUCGAAGUUCAGUGAAGAACAGAAAGACUCAAUGAGAGAAUUUGCAGAGAGCUUGGGAUGGACCUUGAAGGACAGAAGCCGUUCAGCUGAAGUAGGCGCUUUUUGUGAAGAGAUUGGGAUCAGUAAGUUUGUUUUCAAGACAUGGGUUAACAAUAACAAGAAGUUUUAUGGGGCUUCAGGAUCUACUUCAAGAGCUCGUUAA